AUGAAGAAUAAAAGUGAAGAACUUAAUGAAGCUGUAGCUCAUAUGGAUAUAGCUCAUGUAAAUAUUCAAAAUCCUCAGUGCUCAAGAAAUAAUGAUGUAAAUAAUUUAAUCAGUAUUGGCAAUAAUGAGUUAAAUGUUCAACGACUAAUUGAUACUUCAAGUGUAAAUGACAUUUCUUUACUUGUUAAUAAUAGUGACUUAAGUUUACAAGAAAAACUUGAAUUUAUGAAUAAAAUUUGGUUUCAACUUAAUUGGUUACAAAAAUGGAAAUGGCUUACUUACUCAAACAUUUUGAAUGGAGCAUUUUGCAAGUUUUGUGUUAUAUUCUCUCAAAAAGAAGGAGGGAUUGGAAAACAAAGUUUAGGAAGUUUAUGCACCAAAGAAUUUUCAAAUUGGAAACAUGCUAUUGAGAAGUUCAAGCAUCACGAAGAAACUUGUUAUCACAAAGCAUGCAUUGAAAAUUAUAAAGUAAUGUCCCAAAAAUCGUAUGUCCCAGUAAAUACUCAGUUGGAUAAAGUAGCUGUUGCUGAAAUGAUUGAAAAUAGGAAAUUAAUAAGACCUGUUAUUGAAAGUAUACUUGUGUGUGGACGUCAAGGACUGGCAUUAAGAGGGCAUAAGGAUUCUGGACCUUUAUCAAUUGAGGAAGAACCUAUUGAAAACGAUGGUAAUUUUAGGGCUAUAUUAAGAUAUGGAUUAAAAAUGGCAUCUUUAGGUAAUUCUGAUUUACAGCUUAUAAGAGAACGUUGUAAACGCAAUGCACAAUACUUAAGCCCAAAAAUCCAAAAUGAAAUCAUUUAUACAUGCAACAAAUUAAUACUCGAAAGGAUAGUAAAAAGAAUUAAUUUAUCUAAAGGUUUUUGUGUUCUUGCUGAUGAAACUGCUGAUAUUGGAGGAAUAGAGCAAUUUUCAAUCUGUGCUAGAUACAUUUAUAAUGAUGAAAUACAAGAAGAUUUUUUAAACUUUGUUCCAUUGCAUAACACUUCAGGAGAAAAUUUAGCAAAUACAUUGUUAGACAGCUUGAAAAACUUUGGUAUUGAUUUACAAUACCUAAGAGGUCAGGGUUAUGAUGGGGCAGCUGCAAUGAGUGGCCGGUUUAAUGGUGUCCAAGCUAUAGUAAAAAAACAGUAUAAAACAGCGGUAUAUAUUCAUUGUAGUGCUCAUGUUUUAAAUUUAGCUAUUUGUAGUGCUUGUGAACUAUCUAGUAUCAGAAAUACAAUAGGCAUAAUUGAAGCAGUGUAUAACUUUAUGAAUACACCAAAAAGACAAUGUGUACUACAAAAUGAAGUAAAAACUGUAAUUAGUUCAUUAGAAGUAAUGAGUGGUUGGAUUGAUAGAGAAACUUUCACAAAAGCUUCACAAUUGCUUCUGUCGCUUCGUGAUACAACAUUCAAUGUCAGUUUAAUGGUUAUUGAUGAAAUUUUUAAGCAUACAUAUGUGUUAUGUAAAUCAUUACAAAGAGAAAACAUUGAUUUACUUGAAGCAAUUAAUCUGGCUGAGGAUUUAUCUAAUGAGAUACAAACAAUGAGACAAAAUACUGAUGCAGUCUUUUCAGUUAUAUUUAAGAACUUGGAAGAAAAAUCUGAAUGUCUUGAUAUACAAAUUUGUAUUCCAAGGACCUAUUUUUAUAAAGAUUCGGAUAGUUUAAGUGAACCUGAUAUUGUAAUAACAGAAAUUAAGAUGUGGAAAAAUGUCUUAAAAAGAACUGAAGAAGAUCAAAAGCCAAAAACUGUAAUACAAUUUCUACAAUUUUGUGAUGAAGACUUGUUCCCAAAUAUAUACAAGUUAAUAAAAAUUAUAUGUAUAUUACCAGUCACGACAUGUACUUCUGAGAGAAGUUUCUCUUCAUUAAGAAAUCUUAAAACAUAUCUCAGAAAUACUGUAUCGGAAGACAGACUAAAUGGACUUGCUAUGCUUAAUAUUCAUCGAAAUGAAAUCUUAACACCAGAUGAUAUAAUUGAGGAACUUGUUGAUGGUCUUAGGGGAUCGAAUGAAAUAAGCAGUAUUAUAUUUUCAUAUUUGAAAUCUGUUGAUGAGAGAAGUCCUAUUAUUCAGGACAUAGCUUUAUACUGUGAUAGUUGUCCUGGCCAAAUAAAAACUAUAAACUGA